GUUUAGGGGUACAGCAGGUACGUAGAUCAGUUUCGGGGGGCAAACCCCGUAUGAGUUUAGGGGUUCGGCGCAGGAAUCGCGAAGCCAGGAAUGGGCCCGGAGCUGUAGGAAAACCGAACUCUCCCCCCGGUUCCCCCGGCCCAGUACCGCGAGAGUUCGGCUCCGAGGGCGGAGAUUCAGCACAUGACCGAGGGCUGCGGGCCGGGCAGACAUGACUGAUCCAAUCGGGUCGAGGAGACAUUUCCCCCGGAGCAGCAAAUCCAGAGCUUUCUCGCUGACACCCCCCCGCGCCCAAUACUCCGGGGGGGCCCCGGCCAGCGCCCCAGUUCAUUCUACGCACAAGGGAUCGGAUCAGAGGAGAUUCCCGAAACAGGAGAACCGGACCCUGCGGGGGAUCCCGGUGGCGCUGAUCAGUCAGUGGAAGGAGAAGUUUAAGACUUUGGGCCGAGUGCGCUGCCCCAGUUCCGGCUGUUGGUUGGAAUUCCCCAGUAUCUAUGGGCUGAAACACCAUUACCAGCGCUGCAAUGGGGCCUCGGUGCCCCCCCCGUGCCCGUUCCCCUGCCCUGAGUGCGAUGCCGCCUUUGCCUCUAAGUUGCAGCUGCAGAAGCAUCUGGGUCAGAACCAUUCGGACAAGGACCGAGCCGAGGGGAAGGCGCCGACCCCAAGCGCAAUCUCCCGACUGGAAAAGAGUCCCACAGUAUCUGGGGGCAAAUCCCGGCCACAGAGGUUUCCCAAGAAGCCCAAAGUUGCCCCUUCCACAAAGAACGGAGAGAUUGGGCCCCCGGGCCGCAAACAGAGAGACCCCUGCCUGUCCGACGAGGACCCCGAGAGAAUGAGGCACAGAAGGAAACAGAAAACUCCCAGGAAGUUCACGGGGGAACAGCCCUCCCUCAGCGGCACCUUCGGCCUGAAAGGUCUGGCCAAAGCCGAGGAAAGGGGGAGGCGCCGGAGGGGCGCAAAGCCGCCAUUGGACGAGCCACGGAGAAGGACUGACUGUGCAAAGGCCAAUCAGGAGCAAACGGCCCCGCCCCCUCCAGACAGUGCGGAGGGGCGGUGCCAGCGCCAGAGGGGGGAGGUUCUGUGCCCCAACUGCAAGUCCGUCACUCGCAAAACCAUGACCGGCCUGAGAAAGCACAUGGAGGUGUGUGAGCAGCUGCAGGAGGCGCUGCGAUGCCGACACUGCCGGAAACAGUUCAAGUCCAAGGCCGGGCUGAAUUAUCACACCAUGGCGGAACAUGUGACCAAGACCCCCGGCCCACAAGGCGCCCCAUUGGACGAGCAGAAGGAGAGGGAGCGUCUGCGCAACGUUCUGAAGCAAAUGGGGAAACUACGGUGUCCCAAUCAGGGUUGCUCGGCAACGUUCUCCAGUUUGAUGGGUUACCAGUACCACCGGCAGCGCUGCGGGAAGGAGCAGUGUGAUUGGGCCAAGCCGAGCUUCCCGUGCCCAGACUGCAGCAGGCAGUACCAGUCCAAGGCGGGUCGGGAUUACCAUGUUAGGUCGGAACACGGCACGGAAUCGGCUCUGCCAGAGGCACCAGAACAGGACGUUGUGGUGGGGGAUUUCGAACGCACCCCCAGUGGGCGGGUCCGGCGUCAGUCGGCACAGGUAGCAAUUUUCCACCUGCAGGAGAUUGCGGAGGAGGAGCUAGCGAAGGAUGGAGGCCGGAGGAAGAUGAAGGAAGAUCUGGUGCCAGACACCAAAAGGCUGAAUUACCUGCGCCCGGGGCUCCCGACCUUCCACCCUCAGCUCCUCCUCUCGUGGAAAAACCGUGUGAAGGAACAUGGAUUCAUCUGCUGCCCCAAUAAUUGCUGUGAAGCAGUCUAUUCCAGUGUGUCGGGACUGAAGGCCCAUCUCGCCAACUGCACUAAGGGGAGUCACUCGGUGGGAAAGUACCGCUGUCUCUUGUGCCACAAGGAGUUCAGUUCCGAGAGUGGAGUCAAGUACCAUAUCCUGAAAUCUCACUCACAGAACUGGUUCCGGUUCUCCUCACUCCCCUCUAUGCACAAACGGAAAGUCCCGGGGGGGCCCAGGAAUGAGGAAGAGGCAGUGGGGACCCCCAAGAAACGGAGAAGGAAAGAAGGCCCCCCGACUAAAGCAGCUGCUUGUGGGACAGGGAAACCCCCCCGAGAGAGAAAGACUCCGCCCAAGAAACGAAGCAGCAACUUGGGGGUCCGACCAUUCAGCCCGAGCAGCAAAGGGACAGCGAGAAUGGGGGGCCCGUCCCGGGGGGUGAAAUAGAUCCAAGCACUUGGGGGGGGUUAUAGGGGAACACACAGAGCGCCCAGUGUCUGAUCCGAAACAGAACCGAGCGGAACCUACUGCUCCCAUCUGUAGGGAGGAAUCCCCAGCGGUACCGAUCCAACUUCUGCCCAAGGUCCAGGGAUCUGACAUUGGUACAUUCCGGAACAUUCCAACUGGACCCAUGUACAGAGAUUCGGUUCUGGUUCCUCCCAGUCUCUCCCGGGCCCAGCUUGCUGUAACGAGAUUCUGUGGUUCUGGUUCCUCCCAGUCUCUCCCGGGCCCAGCUUGCUGUACAGAGAUUCGGUUCUGGUUCCUCCCAGUCUCUCCCGGGCCCAGCUUGCUGUACAGAGAUUCGGUUCUGGUUCCUCCCAGUCUCCCGGGCCCAGCUUGCUGUAACGAGAUUCUGUUGUUCUGGUUCCUCCCAGUCUCCCGGGCCCAGCUAGCUGUAACGAGAUUCUGUGGUUCUGGUUCCUCCCAGUCUCCCGGGCCCAGCUAGCUGUAACGAGAUUCUGUGGUUCUGGUUCCUCCCAGUCUCCCGGGCCCAGCUUGCUGUAACGAGAUUCUGUGGUUCUGUGUCCUCCCAGUCUCCCGGGCCCAGCUUGCUGUACAGAGAUUCGGUUCUGGUUCCUCCCAGUCUCUCCCGGGCCCAGCUUGCUGUACCGAGAUUCUGUGGUUCUGGUUCCUCCCAGUCUCUCCCGGGCCCAGCUUGCUGUACAGAGAUUCGGUUCUGGUUCCUCCCAGUCUCUCCCGGGCCCAGCUUGCUGUAACGAGAUUCUGUGGUUCUGGUUCCUCCCAGUCUCUCCCGGACCCAGCUUGCUGUACAGAGAUUCGGUUCUGGUUCCUUCCAGUCUCUCCCGGGCCCAGCUUGCUGUACCGAGAUUCUGUGGUUCUGGUUCCUCCCAGUCUCUCCCGGGCCCAGCUUGCUGUAACGAGAUUCUGUGGAUCUGGUUCUGGUUCCUCCCAGUCUCUCCCGGGCCCAGCUUGCUGUAACGAGAUUCUGUGGUUCUGGUUCUGGUUCCUCCCAGUCUCUCCCGGGCCCAGCUUGCUGUAACGAGAUUCUGUGGAUCUGGUUCUGGUUCCUCCCAGUCUCUCCCGGGCCCAGCUUGCUGUAACGAGAUUCUGUGGAUCUGGUUCUGGUUCCUCCCAGUCUCUCCCGGGCCCAGCUUGCUGUACCAAGAUUCUGUGGUUCUGGUUCCCCGACUGUAGGAUCUGGUUUAACCCUUGCACAGCAAGGUGCAGAAUGACAUUGGGCUUCGACACUGGGCGCUGUAGGACCUGUGGGCUCUGUGCCCUUAUUGGCCGACUCCAAGCCACAAGCACUUUAGGGGUGAUCUGUAUUGGGGUUAGUCCCCUGGGCCCCCCCACAUAUCCAGCACUCACCCUCCCAGCUCACCCCCCCGAGAGACUGAUUCCCUCAUACCCCUCGUCUGCCCCCAGUUCCACUAACCGGAUCCUCGCACGGAAUUCUGAUGUGGGGGGGCACGUGUGUCCCAUACACUGCAAUACUCAUUAUAUAUCCUUAUAUCGCUGUUCUUAGUAACUGGGCCGAGUGUGGUACCGCUCAUACCAGCGGCUCUGUUGGACUUUGUGCCGUAACCAAUAAACACCUUCCUCUCUC